CAGGUCAUAGCUCAGUAUAUAAUGUUAUUAUUACCAUAGAUUUAAUAAUAAUGUGUUAUAAAAUGAUAACUGCAGAUAAAUUGUUGAUGUUUAUUGUUCUGUCAAGUCAAGUUAGCUCCAUAUUUGGUACCAUCAAUGUUGCUAUUAAUAAACCAACACGACAGAGUACGAUUAAUCUGGGUGUAAAUACUUCAAGUUGGGCUGGAUUAACAGCGUGGUGGUGUAUAGAUUUAGGACAGGAGUUUCAUAUCAACACCGUUAAAAUAUCAAAACCAAUACAGGAUGGUCGAAAUAUUCUGCUAGACGGAUUUGAGAUGAGAAUAAGUUCUAUUGGUCAGUGUGAUAAAGCAGGAUUUACAGCAGCUACACCUUGUUAUAAAGGUAGAGCAUCAACAACAGAUUCUGUAUACACCAUAGAGAGGUGUAAUCAUCCAGCAAUACCAUCAUUAUCCGCUAGAUAUAUUUUUAUAUCUGUUAAACGCACUGAUGCAAGAUUGGACAUCUGUGAGGUUCAAGUAUUUGCAGAUAACUGUCCAGAUGGUUUCUAUGGUAGCAACUGUAACAUACGAUGUCCAACAUCCUGUCUGAACAACACAUGUGAUAAGGUAGGAGGAUCGUGUUCUCACGGUUGUCAUGGUGAUCACUAUGGUAAAAAAUGCCAGUCUACUUGUAGUAGCCACUGUAAGGAUGGUAAAUGUGAUGACAGGACGGGGCGAUGUUUUGGAUGUGAAGACGGUUACUACGGUGAUGUGUGUGAAGAAUCAUGUUCUACCUGUAAUGGUACAUGUCGACAAGUAGAUGGCGUUUGUUUGAUUGGCUGUAUGGAUGGAUAUUGGGGAUCCAAUGGGCUGUGCUUACAGACAUGUUCUAGUUGUACUUCCGGUGGAUGUCGAAUAGCAGAUGGCGAUUGUAAUAAUGCGCGUGAAGAUAGUUGCACCAAGGUCAAACGCAGAAGCAGAGAUAACAAAUGCUCCAGUUGUUGAAAGUAUUGGUGAAGUGACGUGUCCACUACCUGCUAAUAGACAAAAACGAUCAACAGGAGUUCCCGUUGUAGACACAACAGUACCAAGCUACAGGAUAGCUGUGUCCAAUGAUGGAAAACUCUUCAGUCGACAGUUAACAGUGGUUAUCAUGAAUUCUGAAUGCAUGAGCUGUUCGAUGGAUGGCGAGAGCGUGAAAUGUAAGAUGUUUGACGAUUAUUGUUAUACAGAACAACGAUGUUAUAAAACUGGUGAAAGGUAUAUAAAUGAUGAUGACUACCAAUGUACCUACGGGCAGUGGCAACUCACCAGUUCUAAUGGUGGCAACACAGGCUCCAAAGGUGGCACAACUCCUAAGAGUGGCGCGGAUUCUUGUUCCGCUAUAUAACAACUCAAUUUAAUAAUGAUACUUCUUUGUUCAGCAGCCUACAUGCUUUAAUAUUUAAUCACUGGUCCAACGACGUUAUGAGUGGGAGGAUAUUGAAAUUGCUCUCACCCAAGAAAGAAAAUUCCCGAUUUUAAUACAAUUUUUUGUUUUCAUGUUAUAUUUUUUUUUUGUAUUUUUUUUACCUUCCAAAUAACAAAUAUUUAAUAACGUCCUUGUUUAUUUUGCCCUUUAUAACUUUCUUAUGUAUUUUACUUUCCAAAUAUUUUAUAAGUUUCCUGUGUAUUUUAUCUUUGAAAUAUACCUUUCCGCGCACAAACUGGGUGAUGUGAUCAUAUAUUUGGACUAAAACAUAUUCAAACUAAUUAAUCUAUCAAAAUUGUUCUUCAAAUCCUUCUCAAAACAUUGUAUUAGCAAGGAAAUACCCCAAGCUAUCCAAAUCUAUUAAAAGAAGUCAUGUUUGUGUCACGUGACUUGACUGUCGCGGUACAAAGCAACGGUUGCGAAGACAGCGGAAAUUUCAUAGUAUAAAAGACGAUGUUGUCUUUUAUGGCUGUCCAUUUAUCAUAAAUAUCGAAGCCUAAUUAAAUUCUCGGAUUAUCCACUUCCCACGCCGUGGCUUUAAUCUCAGAAACUGUUGUACGUUUAAGUCUCUCAUUUUUUCCUAGUCUGAUCACCAUUAAGUUUAUCAACAUAUACAUCAAGCGGUCCUUAACGCUGAGAGAUCAGACAUUCUUCGCGUGCAACCUUUGACGUCACUUGAGCAGACAGCCCUUAAUCGUCAGACUGUCAAUUCGUGACACCCUCUCAUUUUUGCCCUGUGCCUGCUCCAUGGAUGUUUUUCAAGGAAUCGAGUAUAUUUGCCAUAUAUACCCAAAUUGGUAUACUUUUAUUGGAAAUAACCACCCGAUAAAUACUUUUGCGGGGAAAGUAUCUUUAAAUAUUUGAUAUUUUCUUGUGUAUUUGACCUUUCCUGUGUAUAAAUUACAUAUAUUUUAUAGCUUUCCUAUGUAGAAAUAACAAAUAUUUUAUAGCUUUUCUGUGUUUAUUACCUUUUGAAUAUUUGAUAUUGUUCUUGUGUAUUUUACCUUCGAAAUAAAUUAUAUUUUAU